AUGGCAUUCAACAGCGCAUCCACUGGUGUAACUAACCAAGGCGAUAUCUCUAAGGAUGUGACACUCAAUAACCAGCCUGAGGACAGUAUCUCAGAAGUUUCCUGGUCACCAGUCGCCAACUACCUCGCUGUCGCCUCCUGGGACAAGGCGGUCCGUAUUUACGACAUCUCUCACUAUCCCCAGGGCGAGGGGAAAGCAUUAUUCACGCUCCCUGGUGCUGCUCUGAGCUGUGGAUGGUCUUCCGAUGGGACCAAGGUUGUAGGGGCCGGCACUGAUGGCUCAGCCAGGCUCAUAGAUCUCGCCAGUAACAAUGACCAGGCCCAGCAGAUAGCCCAGCACGAUGCACCAAUUCGAACUGUACGAAUGAUUCAAGUGCCGGGCAGCCAGUCCCCCAUUGUCGUCACCGGAUCGUGGGAUCGCAAAGUUAAGUACUGGGACCUGCGGCAAUCUACUCCAAUAGGCGCAGUAACAUGCCCCGAGCGCAUAUAUGCGAUGGAAGCCAGUGGUAACAAGUUGCUGAUUGCCACUGCCGAUAAAAAUCUCGCCUUAGUCGACCUUAACCAGCCUACCACCAUCGCCAGAACCAUCCAGAGCCCGUUGAAGCACCAGACCAGAGCCGUCAGCUGGAUUGCCAAUGGCACCGUUUAUGGAGUUGCCAGCAUCGAGGGCCGCUGUGCCAUAAAUUAUGUUGACGAGUCAAACAAAAAUCAAAACUUCACCUUUCGCUGUCAUCGCCAGCCAAAAGAUAACGAUCCCAAGAAUCAGCUGGUAUACGCCGUCAAUGCUGUUUCAUUUCACCCUCGCUACCAUCAGGUAUUCAGCACUGCUGGUGCAGACGGCACAUUUUGUUUCUGGGACAAGGAUGCCCAUCACCGGCUGAAGGGGUUUACCGCCGGAGGCCCUAUAACUUCGACUUCGUUCAACCACGACGGCAGCAUCUUCGCCUAUGCCAUCAGCUAUGACUGGAGUAAAGGAUACUCUCACAACACGCGAGACCAUCCAACCAAGGUUGUCUUGCAUCCGGUGUCAGAUGUCGAAUGUAAGCCGAAGCAGAAGACAAAUCAGGGGUAA